AGACGCGCGAUUUUCAGAAGACCGCGAUUGCCGUCACGUAUUACUCGAUAAUGAGAAGAAGCGCAAUCCCAACGAGGCGGAACGUUUCUUGGAUCGCGGAGAUUCCAAAAUUGUCGACAAUUCCCCGAAGACUCGCGCGACCAAGAACGAUUCUGUAUGGCAAACCGAUUGGGAUUCUAGCGCGCAAAUCUCAAAACGAACUAGUCGAACGAAGAACAUCCGUAGAAGACGUGAUAGCGGACGUUCGCUAACACCCGAAAAAGGUACGGCUCUACUAAGGUGCAACGAGGGCACGUUUCGCGUGCGCAAGAUAUACGGCGAUGGUAAUUGCAUGUUCCGUGCGAUCAGCUACAUUCUGUGGCAAAACGAGGAAGAGCACCGGUCGCUCCGUUCUAUGGUUGUGCGGCACAUUACGGACAAUUGGCGUGAGUACGGUGCGUUCGUGGUGGCCGAGUGGAACAUUUCGGACCGGCAGGAGUACCACGAUUACAUGAGCCCGGUGGGUACAUACGCCUGCGAGCUGGAGUGCACGGUGGCCACCAAGCUCCACCGCAUGAAUCUGUCCAUCUAUCGCGAGCUGGCGAGCUACGAACUCAGGCUGAUCUUCCACAAUCGCGUGCACGCCAACUGCGAAACCGCGAGGCUCCUGUUCACCGGAUCCUCCGAGAACGGUCAUUACGACGUGCUGCUUCCCGAUUAUCAAGCGUUUAUAUGAACUGUGGUAGCGACGCGACCUGUCCGAAAGCCAAACCGGGGUCAAGUGGAAACCGGAACACACUCGCGUAUCGAUGCUCCUGAUGCCUCACCGCGGAACUCUUGAUCGGUGAAAGCGAGAUCAGAAGCGCGAAAAUCCGCAAAGUGCAUCGAAAUGUCCAUAAAAUGACAUCGACAAUCGAACACCGUACACAUUUGCAAAAUAGUCCGGAUACUUUCCUUUUGCUCUAACAAUCGAUAAAUUGCCAUCGAAUUAACGCGCUUCCUAAAUUUCUUGAAUCUCACUCGAAACGAGCGAAAAGCGGUAACUGGAAUCUGAGUUCAAAUCUGAAUAUCUCACUUGAGACGAGUUUCAAAUAAUAAUUAUUGAUACGAGUCUUAGGCCCACAUUAAUAGUAGUAAUUACUUGAAACUCGUCUCAAGUGAGAUGUUCAGAUUUCAAUUUAGAGUUAGAUGAGUGUUCUUGAGUUGAAAAUCGUGACUACAGAUAUAAAUGUCUUAUAUACUUAUUAUAAUUCAAUUGAAGAACUUUGAUCUAACUCUGAAUAAAAAUCUGAGUCAACUGAGACUAGUUGCAAGUAACAACUGUUGAUACCUUGGAGAAUGACAUGCAACCUACCUUUUUAAUCUAUGUUUUCUCAUGGUUCUAUCACAUUAAUUUUAGUUAUUUAUUAGUUGUUAAAGCAAAAGGAAACUAUUUGGGCUAUUUUACAGAUUUUCUCGAUUGUUUUCUCGUUUAUGUCAUUUUGUGAACAUGUCAAUUUGCUCCAAUGUACUUUGCACGAAUUUUUAGCGUAUAUUUUUUCGUUUCUGACGUCAUAAAUCAAGAUAACCGCAGCGAGAAAAUGGCCGAUACUACUUGAUAUUCCUCGC